GCUGUGUUCUCUCUUUGCUCUGACGACUGAUGUGGGAUGCAGAGGAGUUAACCCUCACCUAAGGACCCACGCGCACAACAAGAAGAGGACGCACAAUCCAAGAGACUCAAUAUCAACGGAAAUGUUGAUUUUUCACAUUGCGCCCCUGCUAUUUGCAGGGACGUGCGUUCUUGCACAGGUACCAGAAUUCAGUGAUGUUUGUACCGAGGGGAGUUGCUACCCUGCGACUGGGGAUCUCCUCAUCGGCAGAGCCCACCAGCUGUCGGCCAGUUCAACAUGCGGGCGUCAACGACCCGAACCGUUCUGUAUCGUCAGUCACUUACAGGAGGAAAAGAAGUGCUUUGUCUGCGACUCCACCGGGCGCUACGUGGAACAAUCCAACCAAACCAAUGGACACCGCGUCGAAAACGUUGUUACCACGUUCGCCCCCUACCGCCUCAAAACCUGGUGGCAGUCGGAAAAUGGCGUUCAGAAUGUGACCAUCCAGCUGGACUUGGAGGCGGAGUUCCACUUCACCCACCUCAUCAUGACCUUUAAGACCUUCCGGCCUGCAGCCAUGGUGAUUGAGCGGUCAGCUGACUUUGGAAAGACAUGGCAGGUGUACCGGUACUUUGCCUACGACUGCGAGGCCUCGUUCCCCUCCGUGUCUCACGGGCCCAUGCACAAGGUGGACGACGUCAUCUGCGACUCACGCUACUCUGACAUCGAGCCGUCGACCGAGGGAGAGGUCAUCUUCAGAGUGUUGGACCCUGCGUUCAGGAUCGAAGAUCCUUACAGUCCCAGAAUCCAAAACAUGCUGAAGAUCACCAACCUGAGGGUGAAGUUCACUAAGCUGCACACGCUGGGAGACAACCUGCUGGAUUCUCGCGUGGAGAUCAAGGAGAAAUACUACUACGCCAUCUAUGACAUGGUCGUCCGCGGCAACUGCUUCUGCUACGGCCACGCCUCCGAGUGUGCUCCUGUGAGCGGGAAGGGACAGGAAGUAGAGGGCAUGGUCCACGGCCAUUGCAUGUGCAACCACAACACCAUGGGUCUGAACUGUGAGAAGUGUCAGGACUUCUACCACGACCUUCCCUGGAGACCAGCGGAGGGGCGCAACACCCACGCCUGCAAAAUGUGUAACUGCAACCAGCACUCUAACUCGUGCCACUUCGACAUGGCCGUGUACCUGUCCACGGGGAGCGUGAGCGGGGGCGUGUGUGACGACUGCCAACACAACACCAUGGGCCGCCAGUGUGAACAGUGCAAGCCUUUCUUCUACCAGCACCCCGAGAGGGACGUCCGGGACCCCAACAUCUGCGAACCGUGUAACUGUGACCCGGUGGGCUCCCUGAACGGAGGUGUCUGUGACAAAAGCACGGAUGUCCACUAUGGCCUGAUUGCAGGCCAGUGUCGCUGCAAGCCCAACGUGGAGGGGGAGCGCUGCGACCAGUGCAAACAGGCACACUACGGAUUGGCGAACCACCCGCUGGGCUGCCUGGCCUGUACCUGUAACGCCCUGGGCACUGUCCCCGGAGGAAGCCCAUGUGACACCGACUCUGGAGACUGUUACUGCAAACGCCUGGCCUCUGGGAGAGACUGUGACCAGUGCAUGCCGGAGCACUGGGGCCUCAGCAACGACAUGGACGGCUGCAGGCCAUGUGACUGUGACCUGGGCGGGGCCGUCAAUAACGAGUGUUCCCAGGAGACAGGUCAGUGUGUGUGUAGAGACCACAUGUUUGGCCGGCGUUGUGACCAGGUGGAGUCAGGCUUCUACUUCAUAGCCCUGGACCACUACACCUACGAAGCAGAGGAUGCCAAGUUCGGACCCGGAGUGACGGUGGUCCAGAGGCCACACCCCCAGGACCGCAGCCCCACCUGGACGGGCGUGGGGUUCGUCAACGUGCCCGAGGGGGCCUUCCUGGAGUUCUCCAUCGACGACGUCCCCCACUCCAUGGAGUACGACAUCCUCAUCCGCUACGAGCCCCAGCUACCAGACCAGUGGGAGGAGGUGUUGAUGACGGUGAUGAGGCCAGGGGUGAUCACGGCAGAUAGUCGCUGUGCCAACACCAUGCCGGACGACGACAACCAGAUGAUCUCUCUCCACCCUGGCUCACGCUAUGUGGUUCUCCCCAGACCGGUGUGUUUUGAAACAGGGCUCAACUACACCGUGAGACUGAGCCUUCCUCUCUACUCCGCUCUCAGUGACGUACAGUCUCCCUACACUCUCAUCGACUCGAUUGUUCUCAUGCCCCAUUGUAAGAACCUGGAUAUCUUCUCCGAAUCGGGCCGUGGCGACCUCAGCGGCACCAGCAAUGCCUGGGACACGUUCCAGCGCUACCGCUGUCUUGAGAACAGCCAGAGCGUGGUCAAGACCCCCUCCACCGACAUCUGCCAUAACUUCAUCUUCAGCAUCUCAGCCCUUCUGCACCAGGGAGCCAGAGCAUGCCAGUGUGACCCUCAGGGCUCUCUCAGCACCGUGUGCGACCCCAGCGGCGGGCAGUGCCAGUGUCGGCCCAACGUGGUUGGCAGAAACUGUGAUAAGUGUGCCCCCUCCACCUACCUUUUCGGACCUAACGGCUGCAGAUCCUGUGACUGCAACCCCCAGGGCUCGGAGCACUCCUUCUGCCACGAGGCCACAGGUCAGUGCCCGUGUGUCCCCGGAGCGUACGGCCGUCAGUGUGACCGCUGCCUGCCAGGCCACUGGGGCUUCCCCUCCUGCCGGCCCUGCUCCUGCAACGGCCACGCCGAGGACUGCGACCCCUUCUCCGGACAGUGUCUGGCCUGCCGCGAGCACACCACCGGACACAGCUGUGAAAGGUGCCUGGGCGGUUACUACGGCGAUGCCGAGCUGGGUUCCGGCGACCACUGCCGUGCGUGCAUGUGCCCAGACGGGCCGGGCAGCGGGCGCCAGUUCAGCGACGGAUGCUACCUCCGCCAAGACUCGAACCAGGUGUUCUGCAUGUGCUCCCCGGGGUACAGAGGUGCCAGGUGUGACGAGUGUGCCCCAGGUUACUAUGGUAACCCCCACGAGAACGGCGGGCGGUGCCAGCCUUGCCAGUGCAACAACAACAUCGACAUGCAGGACCCGGGGUCCUGUGGCCACACGGGCGUCUGUCUCAAAUGCCUGUACCACACGGAGGGCCAGGCCUGCCACAGCUGCAGUCUGGGUUACUACGGAGACGCUCUCAUGCAGAACUGCAGGAAGUGCGUGUGCAACCGCCUCGGUACCAACCCGACCACUUGCCCCUCGGCGGGCGACUGUCACUGUGACCUGGGCAGCGGGCAGUGCCAGUGUCUGGCCAACCUGGUGGGCCAGCACUGUGACCAGUGUGCCCCCGACACCUGGAACAUGGCCAGCGGCAGGGGCUGUGAGCUCUGCGAUUGUGACCCCGAUCACUCCUUCGGGACCUCCUGCAAUGAGCUGAGUGGCCAGUGCUCCUGCAAGCCAGGCUUCGGAGGUAAAACCUGCCGGGAGUGCAGGGAGCUGUUCUGGGGCGACCCCAAGGUCAUAUGCAGAGCCUGUGACUGCGACCCCCGAGGCAUUGCCGAGCAGCAGUGUGACAAGGCCAGUGGUCACUGCGUGUGUGUGGAGGGGGUCUCCGGGCCACGCUGUGACGUUUGCUCUCGUGGCUACUCCGGCCAGUUCCCCGACUGCCAACGCUGUCACCAGUGCUUUGCCGACUGGGACGUCAUCGUGGGUCAGCUGACCAACCAGACGCACCGAUUGGUCAGCAAGGUGAACACCCUCAAGGCCAGUGGCAUCACGGGACCCUACAAGCAGACCAUUGACAACGUGGAGAAAAGCGCCGGUGCCAUAAGAACGAUUCUCGCCCAGAACCCGGCCACACAGCCUCUUUCAGAGAUCCAGCAGCUGUUGGAGCAGGCUACUGAUCUGAUGGCAGAGAUGAGCAGGAAGCUGAAUCAAACAGAAGAGACUCUGGCCCAGUUAACGGUAGACAACAACAGCACCGACACCAAACUGGACUCCCUCAAAGAGGAUGCCCAGAAACUAGAACGUACCGUCAAGGAGCUGAUGGAGCAGGUGGAGUUCAUCAAGAACUCGGACGUUCGAGGGGCUUCAGACAGCAUCACCAAGUAUCACCUGCAGUCCUUGGCGGCCGAGGCUCGUGCUAAUGCCUCCACCAGCGGCCCUGGCAACCCUGUGGAAAACUCAGCUACGCUACGGCAAGCCACCGAGGACAAACUGAACCAGACCAAAGAGGAGUUCCUCCGGAGACACGAUGAACAUGCCAAGAGAUUGGAUGACCUGGCAGGACAGAUGGAGACUCUGGACCUAUCAGAGCUCAGUGAGAAGACAUGCGGCAGCCCCUCCGGGUCCGAGGCCUGCUCCGACUCCCCGUGUGGCGGCCUGAGCUGUGUGGACACGGAUGGCCAGAGGAAGUGCGGCGGCGAAGGCUGCAGUGGCCUGGUCACCCUGGCGGACAACGCCUGGCAGAAAGUCAAGGACUUCGACCAGGAGAUCGUCACCGCCAUGGAGGAGGUGGACAAGCUCUCCAAGAUGGUAUCCGAAGCUAAAGUGAAGGCAGACGAGGCCAAGCUGAGUGCCCAGGACGUCCUUCUGAAGACCAACGAGACCAAGCAGCGCGUGGACAAGAGCAACGAGGAGCUACGCAGCCUCAUCCGACAGAUACGAGACUUCCUCACGCAGGACGCGGCUGACCUGGAGAGCAUCGAGGCGGUGGCUAAUGAAGUUCUGGCCAUGCAGAUGCCCACCACCCCGGCCCAGCUGCAGAACCUGACCAAUGAGAUCCGGGAGAGGGUGGGAGACCUGAGCCACGUGGAGACCAUCCUGAACCAGAGCGCCGACGACAUCCAGAGAGCCGAGAGCCUGCUGGAGCAGGCACGGAGGGCCAGGAAAGAGGCGACAGGCGUGAGGGACACAGCAGUGAAGGUGAAGCAGGCUCUGGAGGAAGCUGGGCGCGCCCAGACGGCAGCAGCAGAGGCCAUCAAACAGGCCACCACCGACAUCAAAGGAACCAACGACCUGCUGACCUCGGUGGAGUCAGAGACGGCUGACUCUGAGUUUCAGCUCAACAACGCCACCCAGAGGCUGCUCCGGUUGGAGCGAGACGUCACGCUGCUAAGAGAGAAAGCCCAGAACACAUCGCUGAGCGCCGCGCAGACGGAGACGGACGCGGAAGACAUCAAGAAAGUAGCGGCCGAGGUCAAGAAGGACUUGGACACAGAGCUGAAAAACAAGUACAGCACAGUGGACGACCUGAUCACGCAGAAGGCUGGGGGCGUGUCCGACGCCAAGAAGAGGGCGGAGCGACUCCAGCAGGAAGCUAAAGACCUGUUGCUCCAGGCCAGCGACAAGCUGCAGCUACUGAAAGAUUUGGAGAAGUCCUACGAGGAGAACCAGAAGACUAUGGAGGAAAAGGCCAGUCAGCUGGUAGACCUGGAGAAGGCUGUGAGAGAUCUCCUCCAGGAGAUAAGCAACAAAGUCACCGUCUACAGCACCUGUCUGUUCUAAACAGUGAGCGGCUGGUGCCAUGUACAUCGGCACCCCUGACCAGAUGCUUUUUGACCCCGAGGAACAAUCAACGAAUACGUUAAAAUGUUUACUUCCUGGAGUCACGGAAUGUGAAAUAAUUUUGGCCCCUUGACAAUAAUGAUAAGAAUAAUACCAUGCCAUAAUAUGCAUAUGCAGGUCUCUACCAAAAGUGUACAUGGUUGAAUAACUACACACAGAAUGAGGGUGUAUGAGGUGUUUUCCGAGCUUCUCCGUUUUCAGAAAUUGUAGUUUGUUGCACUUUCAAAAUGUAAACCAACCUGCUACCAUUGUCCACACACACGUACACACACACAGUGGACAAGAACCAGCCCCAGCUGUGGUAAGUGCCUUGUAUGGUAGUAUUAGCAAGUGUUUGAAGGACAUGAGACAGCAACCUAAAAGAAAAACAUUUCAGUGAUGAAAAGAAUCCCUCUAUGAAAAAAAAGCACUGGAAGGAUACCACUUUCAUGUGGCGUCAUGUGUGUUUGUGAUGAGAGCCAUUAGCAUGUUUUAUUCUGUGUCCUACAUUUGUACCGGCGGAAGGAGUGAAUGUAAAGGUUUAACCUACUUCUAAUCACAAGACUGCAAAGAUAUAUAUAUCCCAAACUCAAUUAGAUCAAUUUUAUACUUUUUUAUAAAUCAUGAAAUAUGAGCAAACUUUGUUUUUACAGCAUUUUGGACCACCCAGUUGAAUUGAUAAACAAAAUUACCCCAUGAAAUCCCACCAUUGCAUCUGUGUCUUCUCUCAACCUUUGCUUCCAGCAGUAUCAAAUCGGUUUCCUGUUAUACGCACGUUCAAAUAGUACCUAAAUGGUCACCCUCAACCUACUUCUUACAGUAGGUCUGAAAUGACAACUAUUAUCUCCAGUACUCCCCGUAAUGAUGUACAAGCUCACCACCCUCUGGAAACUGGCUGGUAUCACCCCACCACCAUCUCCUCCUUCUCAGUCACAAACCACUACAUUGUAUGAUGGGAACUGCAUUUAUUUGUGUUGUAGUGCUAGGACUUAAGCAAGAAUGUAUACACCACACAAAAAGGACAGAACACGCACGCCAAUUUUGGAAUUCAAGCAAAACGACUCCAGUAAAGCCAGCUGUUGCUGCUCCUUUGGCAUACCUUUCUAUCUCCUUACUUACGUUUUGAUAUAUUCUAGUAAAAAUACAGACCUUUCUCUCUCAACAUUUGACCCAGCAGUCAUUCACUCAUGCCUACUAAGUAAUAUGAUCUGUCAUUCUCUGAAAAAAUGUAUUGACGCAUUUAAAAGGCUGUUAAUAGUCACUACUCUGAAAC